AUGGGCAGUAAACAGUCUACUGCUCGCAAGGUUCCAAGCGCCAUAAAUGUGAUCAGUUCAACACUAUCACCAGCUGCAAUCAACAAGCCAAAGACUGUGGUAUCUGGAGGGCUUGAUUCCGGGUAUGCAUCCCAGAGUACCAGUCCAGAUAUUCUGACAUCACUCGCUGAUUAUUCCAUCGCAAGCGGAGAGAUCUCAUGCCCUCAUUUUUCGGGAAAAUCAAAACAACUAAGGACUUACAAGAAGCAAAUCCCUCAAUUGACUCUGGAAAGGUUCUCAGAUCUACGAGAGCAAUAUGCUGAGACUCUUAACGAGUUUACCCGAGGCUUGCCAGGUUGUUCCUCGGUCUUGAUGUCAUUGAAGGUCUUAGGUGAAGACGAGCAAAGUGCAGAGCCUUGGAUAUUUAUUCAAUGCGACAAAGCCAUAUCAAAGAAAGUAAAAGAUUUCUUCAAGCAGCCCAUAAUCAAGAUUGACUUUGAACCGCUUCAACCAGACGACCGCUCUCCCCGUCUACGAGUUCUUGUUUGCCCACUCCGCCCCAGGCCGCUAGCAAAAUAUCUCCGAUCUUUUGCCAAAUAUUUAGAUCCUCGGAGGCACGAUGCUCAGCGAAACGAUCAUCAGCAACAUGGUCCUCUUACAAAUCGGAUUUCAACCCCAAUUUACAGCAGAAUUGAUGCAAGAUUCUGCGGUAGAACUAUAUGCGGAAUGCAAGUAAUGAAUGGAAGUUCUCAUGAAGUACAACAGGCAACAAUCAGGGGAAAUAUUCAGGUUGUUGAUAAGAACGGAAAAAGCAAGCUCUAUGGUAUGACUGCAGGUCACUUUCUUUUUCCAGAAUUGUAUGGCAAUGAUGAACAAGGGACUGCAGAUGAUCUCAGCGACGAAUCCACCGAAGAAGACUUCCAACUUGAAUUGGGCUCGAUAAACGACAGCCUUGGAGGAAAGACACAGCCUCUCGGGAAGGGUGCAAGAAGUGCGAGGCGCGGAAGUAUAUGCAAAAGCCGUAUCAUUGGAAACCUAUCAGAUCCAUCCCAUACUUCUUUCGGAAAUGAACGAAAUCUUGACUGGGCGUUGAUCUCGUUUUCUCAGCCUUAUUAUGAUCGCUUACCAAAUUUAUAUCAAAAGAAGGAGCUAUGUCAACACAAAUACCUAGCGGGGAUAGGGGGCGAUACCUUCAGCCGUCCUGAAAUUACCGUCGCCCUGCUGACAGCUCAUGGGCCACAGUCGGGGCUUAUGUCUAGUUCAUUUUCAUACAUCAUGCAGCCACCUGGUAAGGUUUUGAUUAGAACAUACCUCUUAUCGUUUCCAGAUUGUGAACACGCUCUUCACCCUGGUGAUAGUGGAGCUUGGGUGAUUAACCUAACGAGUCUUGAAGUUUAUGGUCAUAUUAUUGCUUCUGAUGUUUUUGGGCGCGGAUAUGUCGUGCCAAUUGGCGACUUGCUUGAUGAUAUAAAAACCCACCUUUCAGCCGAUUCGAAGGGCGUCAGUGCCACACGUGGAAACACGCUCUAA